AUGUCGACAGGACGCAAACCUCUUCAAUGUAUCACACUUCAAAGCAAAGACAAAGACAACACAGAUCCUCGAAGAGAACUUCUCUUUGCGGAUGACAGCACACUAGUUGCUCAUACACCAGAGCAAAUGCAGCGGGUACUAGAUGCAUUUUCAUCUGCAUCAAAGAGAUUUGGACUACAAAUCAACAUAAAGAAGACUGAAGUACUAUUCCAACCCAGCUCAACACAUGUAGUUGAAGAGGAUAUCCUGGUGGAUGGAAUGGCUCUGAACAGAGUGGCUGACUUUACCUAUCUUGGCAGCACUAUAUCAGAUGAUGCACGUAUAGACCCGGAGAUUACAAAACGAAUGGCCAAGGCAAGCAGUGCUUUUGGGAGACUAAGAACCCGUCUCUGGAACAACCAUCAUGUCUCCAUAAGAGUCAAGUGCAAAAUCUACAGGGCUAUUCUCCCAGUGGGUGAAAGAAAGAUAGGUCUUCCACGACUCCGUUACAAGGAUACUAUCAAGCGGAACCUCAAAAAGAGGGAAAUAAACAUCAAGACAUGGACAACACUAGCAUGCCAGCGAGCUAAAUGGAGAUCAGCUGUGAAAUAA